GUGUGUGUGUGUGUGUGUGUGUGUGUGUGUCUAGGUCAGUGCACAGAACGGUGGCUUGCCAUGUUCAGGCCGUUGGAUUCUGCAUGUUCUUCUGGAGAUGGAGAAGGAACGAGAGAAACGAGAAAAGUUGUUCUGGGAGCUGCAGAUGCUGAAAUCAGGCCAAAGCAGAGUCUCUGACGGAGUCAACACACAAACGCUGUCUGAAAACUCCAGCAUCAGACACAAUAAAAAACGAAACAAAAAGCCGUGUGAUUUGUCGAGUCUCCUGAGGAGGGCUAGAAGACUUUAUGUCAGGUUAGAUGUUGAUGGUGUUUGGAGCCUCCUCCCAUCUCUGUCCCACAGUCACGUGAACUCUAAACGUCUGAGUUUGAUCAGUCCCACUAAAUUAGACGUCCUGCUCCUACUGGAGUAUAAAUAUGACAUCAUCAAAGAGCGACUGUACAUAGAGAUGCUUCAGGAGGAACACGGUGUUGGAUGGUUGGAGUCGGUGGAACCCUUGGAGCAGACAGAUUGUGUGUAUGAUUUGGAACAAAGAGCAGAAGAGGCUUUGAAGCAGAGUGAUGUGUUGUGUGUGUGUGAGCUGCCUGGUGUUCUUCAUUGCUACAGGAGCGCUGAUGGGGUGAAGGAGCAGGUGUGGACGUCCUCACCUCAGGGACAGAGCUGGACAUCAGCCAUCUUCCUCUCUGAACUCCGCUCUCACUGUGACCAGGAGAGACGCUCUCUCACUCAGCUGCUCAACAGAGUGGAGCGACUCGUCCUGACUGAGAUUUAUCUGAGUGUGUUUGUUGGUGUGAGGAGAGCUGAGAGAGAAACACACUCACACACGGCACUGCUGACCUCCAGACAACACUGGGAAGACUGGCCAUGUCUGAGGUGUUUGGAUGUUGAGGAUUUAGUGAAAUUCUGGCUGCAGGAAAAACAAGAUGAAUCUACACAGCUCAGAAAUGAGUGUACAACAUCACGCUGUGUACGACAGGCCGUGCUGCAGUGUCUGGUCCAGUGUCAGGAGCAGGAAAGAAAAACACUUGUGGAGAUUCUACAUACUGUCUCACAGGAGGAGCUGCAGGAGCAGAGAGACACAAUCACACCUGACACCAACACUGCAGGAAUAACAGAUCUGAGACGAGGUUGUGUGUCCAUCCUGAAGCAGAUUAAAUUCUCUCUACAGAGCAGCUCCACACACUCUGCAUCGUGGGAUGACUGUGCUGUUCAUUUACUCAUUCAGCUCACACACACACACCACCAGGAAGUCCAGACUGUAAUACACACACUUCCAGUCAUGGAUGCUGCUGCUCUUCUGGUUCUGCUGCACAAAUACGAACUUGAGCUGCGUUCACCAAAAUUACACAACCUACACAUUUUACUGCAGACAUCCUGCAAGGAGAACACACAGAGUAACAUCUCUGUAAACAAUGAACAGAGACGGAGCUCGUCAUCAGUUACUGAGGAACAUGAAAUCUGCACAGGCUGUGGUGUUGUCCUCGCCCCUGACGAUGCUCCGUAUUUAGAGAUCCUUGGUGUGGGAGAGAAGAAAAAUGAGGAGAGGAGAGAAGAAAGCGAGGGAGAAGAGGCGGGGAGAGAAAAAAGAGAAGGAGAUGAGGAGGAAAGGAGAGAUGGAAGAGAACAAGAAAAGGAAAGAGAAAGAAGAGAGAGAGAAGAGGAGGAGAGAAGAGAAGGAAGAAAAAUAGAAGAUGAGAAUAAGAGAAAAGAAAGUGAGGGAGAGGUGGAGAGAGAAAGAAAAUCGGAAGACAAAGAAAAGAGGAGAAAACAAAAAGAGAUUGAAGAGGAGAAUACGAGAGAGGAAAGAGAGGGAGAAGAGGAGAGGAAAGUGGAUGCUGUAGAGAAACAGGCCUCGCUGAUCACACUGGCCUGGAGCAAGCCAGCGAAUAACAAUACACAGGAAGUGACCUCAGAUCUACCUGAAGCACAGACAACAGAGGACAUUCAGAAUGAGAUCGUGAGCGAUGAACACAGAACAUCAUCAGCAGGUCUGAAACUCGACUCUGAGAGCUUGUCGGGCGACACACACACACAGGGUGCUGCGCGUCAUGCAGUGUGUGACGAACAGCAGCUCCAGCGAGAAGCCACCAUGCGCAGCCUCGUCAACAUCCAAAGAAGAGCAGAGCAACGCUGGCAGCGAGACAGAGACAGACAAAUCCUCAGAGUUCAGGAGCGACUGUCAAUCAUUCACAACAGGAAGUCGGAUGAGGACCUGCUGGGGCUGAGACGUGAGGAAACAUUCAGACACCUGGCCAACACACUGCAGCAGGAAGAUGAGCAGCAGCAGAAGAUGUUGGUCAGAGAGAAACUACAGCAGCUGUGGAGAGAACGUUCUUAUGUUCUACAGUCGAGAAGAGAGAGGAACACGACUGAAUUUAAGGAACUUCUCACACCUACAGCUCAGUGUGCAUCUAACGUAGAUGAUGUGCUCGACUCACACACACCUCAACACGUACACACACCCCGACACGACCCGACACGACACCGCAGUAAUGUUUGCAGCCUUCUGUUUCCUGGCCCUACUUAAAGCUCUUGGAACGUUGGUCACUGCAUUUUGAUGUCAAUGCAGUUUGACUUCCAGGCACCAGGGGGCACUAAACAUUACUGUAGCUGUGAAUUUUUUUAAUGUUUAUAUAAUAUUAAAGGUGCGAUCAGUGAUUUUACCAUUUGGUCUCUGUGGUGCAUCAGAUUAUAGCUCAAAGAAAGCUGAUGUGAGCUCAUCAACAUCCAACCAAUCAGAACAAAGGGGUGUGUGUGCUACACUAUGUACACUACUUGUUACAUAAUAAUAUAAAGAUGCACGUUGUUCAAGCCUGGACUCUGUGUGUGUGUGUGUGUUUUUUGUGGCGCUGAUUGUCUCUUUAAUGCUGCAGUUUUUAAUGCUAAUGAUGAACAUUUUCAAACAUUCCACAACUUUAAUAAAUCCUUUAAAUAGAAAA